CUUCUUCUUCUUCUUCUUCUGCACUCGCACUGGAAGUUUCUUUCGAGAGGUGUUUGACUAGUGUGAAGAUGAAUCCCAAGGAAGAUUUGGAGAUCACCAUCAAAACGCUGGAUUCAAGAUUAUUCCGGGUGAAAGUUGAGAAUUCCGCACGGCCAUAUAACACCAGAGGCUAAUAUACCGUGGGAGGGUGUUGAGAGAUGGUCAAACUCUCUCAGAUUACCAGGUGGAAGACGGGCACACCCUUCAUCUAAUUGAGAGAGACCUGACAGCACCAGCAUCUACGAGCGGUCAACAACAUGAAGAACCUACUGUGGUUCCCAAUCAAAUCAUUCCAGUAGAAUGUCCAUUGGUAUUGAGGUUGCAUAUUACGUCACCAUAGACCCGCGUCAUGGAACUGAGGGUCCGGUUAAUACAAUUGAGGGUUCGCAUGAUGGCUCCGAGCGCCAUGGCUUUGAGAGACAUGCGUAGGUUGGAAGCGAUGCGGCGUCAGAUCGCCCUUGUCCCACUUAGACGCACUGAGCAGACAGCCACCACUGCUGUGGCCUUACCUACUGAGCAGACCGCCACCACUGCUGUGGCCUUACCGGAAUGGCGGUCUGCUCAGUAGGUCUAACAUGCCCCCUUUGUAGAUUUCAGCUUCCAGCAGUUAAGGAUUCAUAAAUGAACUGCACUGUUAGUCAAUAUGAAUGAGAGGGGUGGAGUUGAACAUGCAACUUGAAAAUGUAUAUUCUACUCUUUUGUGCAGCCCGACUUUUCUAAAUCUUCUUUCAAAUAUAACUCUUACUGUCUUUCAGAUUUCGUGUUUCUCUAAGGGGUGGUGGCCGGUUUAAAUCCACAGUUCCGUAGAUUCUUGUAAACUUCUAAAGAAACAAAAUUUAUUUGACUUUUAAUGCCCCCUCCGUUGCAUAAUUUUCUUCUACUCUUGACUAGGCUCACUCUCUAAUACAUUAGGAACUGUGUGGUUGAGGUUUAUGCCGAGUAACAUUUCAUAUAGUUUAAUCUGUAUGUAUUGUGUAUGU